ACCAUAGUCUUCAUUGAUCAAAUCUGUACGCAUCAAUGUCCUAUCCAUGUUUACAAGAUCUAUGGUUAACACAAGGACUUUUAUCAUUACAUUAUUCAUUACUGAUUACAAAUAUCACGUAUUUGUAAAUUGUUCUCCCGCCUAAAACAAAGUAAAAAGUAAAGAUGAAAAUUUGAAAUACCUUAAAAACUUGAUCAUUUAAUUAAUAACUUAAUCUAUUUUGGAAUUUAAAUAUUACUAGAAAUGGAAAAAUCAAUUCGGUUUUCACAUGUUACAAAAACUAUAGAUCUCAUGUAUUGCUUGAAACAUUAUUUGCUCCAAGAUUCAGUAAAUAAUGUUGAAAUUGUACUAAGUGUUGCACAAAAUACUAAAGUUUCUAAAUGUUUGGACUUUAUAGUCGCAUUAGGAUUUAUACCAUGUUUUGUUCCUGCAGUUUGGGUACCUUUUAAAUAUAAACAGAAAAUUAAUUUAAGAAACAUAGAUAAUAUUUCGCUUAAUAAGAAAUAUGAGGAAUUAAAGUUUUGUAUGAACUCAUUUUUGGGUUUAUUAAAUGAACCAACAUUUAAUAGACUUAUUUUGGCAAAUCAUACUGCUGUUAUUAUAUCAGGACUAUGCCAAUUGAGCUUAUUGCCUAUUGCCAAACCGGGUAGUAAAAUUGCGAUAGAAAGUUCAAUUGAUGAUCUGAAUUAUAAAAAUCUAUUAGAAGAUCAGAAAUAUUAUAAAUUGAUAUUAAGAAAAAUUAUUAUACAUGAUCAAAAUCCAUUGAUUAUAAAGGAAAUAAUAUUUUUAAUAGGGCGCAAGAAUUGUUUAAAACCUAUAAGAAUUGGACUUUGUGAAAUACUUUCUAACUUGUUAAUUCAGACAAAUGGAAUUCAAACUUUAUUUGGUAUUGUUUGUGAUUUAAUUUCUACUGAAACUUCACAUAACAUGUUUCAGCAUGGACUUCAUGAAUGGUGUCAUUUGAUUCAUAACUAUUAUGCAAAUUCUAAAUCAAAAUAUGUAACUCACAUUAUUCCUCAAAUUUGGCAAUUAUUAGAAAGCAACAGUAAAUAUCAUGAAAAACAUUUUCAAAGUAUUGCUGUCUAUUGUAUGCAUCUAAUAGCUGAAGAAAAUAAGAAAGACUUUUUAACAUUUUAUUUGAAUCCAAUGAUAAAUGAACUAAAAAAUCAAGAAAUUAAAAAAAAGUCAUUAUCUCAGUGUAUUAAAAACUUGCAUGUUAGUUUCUUUUUAUUUAAAGAUGAAAUGUGGGCAUUAAACCCUAAAACAUUGAUCCACAUAGCUGGAACUAUUUACAAAGUUUAUUUAUCAACUGUAAAUGGUAUUUAUUAUCAAAAAUUGCUUCUAGAGGAUUUAGUAUUUUUAAUUUUAGUUCAUUUUUCCAAUGAUCGAGAUGUACUAAAAAUGAUACUAUUUACUCAAUAUCACGUUAAUGUUACCUAUGAUGAUAACAAAGGAGAUAUAAUAAUAAAUCAUGAAAUUAGAGAGCAUCAGCUAUAUUUAGAAAAUGAAAUAGAAAUACUAUUAAAUUUGUUAGAAAGAAAAAAUGAUGCAAAUCUAACGAAAACCUUAUUUACAACAUUCUUAGAUAUGUAUACUGAUUCAAUAUCAAAUGAAUAUUCUAUAAUGGAAAAACUUGUAAUUGUUAAAAUGGUUCAUCAUUUCAUAGAAAAAGACAAUGUGCAAAAAACUGUUUCUAAAGAUCCUAAAAAUGUCCUUAACUUAAUCAGAUCUCUUCUUAAAAGUUGUGCUAAUAAUGAAACUUUUGACAUUCAGAUUCUCUCCAUCACAUUAAUGAUACUCAACAGUAUACUGGAGAAUAAAAAUACUAAUAUUAUUUGUACUUUACAUGAUUGUAUUAAGUAUUUAGAAAAAAUUUCGAAAUUUGUAGAAGAUGAAUUAAUGAAAAACAUGGUAUUUGAAAUCAUACAAAAAGUUCAAAAUUCUUAUCCUGAUUCAUCUUUAAAAGAUAAACGUUCUAUUGAUAAUAUAUUAUUUGAUACACAAGAUCGAUUAUUGCCAUGUAGAGCACAUGCACUAAUAGAAUUAAAAAAGUGCAUUGAAUCUGGUGAUUUGUCAGUAAAAACUAAAAAAUCAACUAUUUUAGUAGUUUUAAAAGAAAAUUUGAAAAACACUGAUUCCUAUUUAUAUCUUAAUGCUAUUUUUACUUUAUCAUCAUUAUGUGCAUAUUUCCCCAAUGAAAUUUUACCAAUACUUUGUGAAGAAUAUAGUACACCAGAUAAUUAUAACCAUUCUGCAGAAACUCGUUUAAAAAUUGGUGAAGUUUUGAUGAAAACUGUUAAAACACUUAAUGAUACUAUAUCCUUGUACAAAAAUCGUCUGUUAAACACUUUUAUGGCAGGUGUCAGAGACAAUGAUUUUUUAGUCAGAGCUUCAAGUUUAUCCAAUUUAGCUGAUAUAUGUUGUCUCCUACGUUAUAAUCUUGGGUCAAUAAUAUCAGAAAUUGUAAAUUGUGCAGAUUAUGUCAUUAAAUUUGACCCAGCUAAUGAACCCAGGCGAGCUGCAGUUCUUUUAUUACAACUUAUUAUACAAGGUGCAAGUUUGGAACUCCUUGAGAUUUUAGGUGACAAUAUUAAAGAUAUUUAUAAUAUAUUAAAAUUUCAAUAUCAGUGUACAAAUGAUGAAACAGUCAAGCUACAUGCUCAAAUAGCAAUUGAAAGAUUAAAUGACAUUAUGAAGUCUUUAUUCCUAGAUGGAAUAAAAAGAAAACUGAAAUAAAAAUAAAAUGUUGCUAUUGAUUAAAUUUAAAAAUGUAAAUAAUAAUUUGUAAAAUACUUUACAAAAAAAAGAUUUUGUACCUUUAUUUAAUUAUACAAUCUAUAUAAUAAUAAGUACAGUAAGUAUAAAAAAUAACAUGAUAUUUGGCAUGAUUAUUUUUAAAAGAAAUAAUUAAAUUCUGAUUUAAUCAAUCACUAAAAUUUGUUACAUAAAUAAAAUAAUAAA